CCACCGGCAGCUUCCCCAAGGACCAUGCGCAACAGGCAAGCUGGGGAGCCUAUGGAAGACACAAGACUCGGGCAAGGCUGCAGGAGCGCACCCCGGGAAUCGUAGUCCUGCUCGCUUGCGCAGGCGCCCUGCGCCCUUACUGGGCUUGCGCGCGCAGCUCCCGCAGGUCGGGCUCCUAGCAGCGCGAUGCGGUGCCUCGCUGGACCAGGUUGGAUGCAGCCCCGGUGCAGUUUCUGCAAGACCUUAAACUGAAUCCUGGGAACACCUGUGGCACAUGUUGGUGGACUGCACUUUUAUUCAACUAGCGUCCAUAGGAGACGUGGUUCCUGCCGGUGGUGUACUUUACAAGCUCUGGUGCCCUUGAACAAGAUGGCAGCCGCUUCCCCAGACCCUCAAAUUCCAGCCUCAAGCAAACAAAAUGAGAUCCUAAAACCAAAUACGGCUGGGGACAAAGAAGCUCUCCUGCGAAGAGACCCCGUUAGCUCAGAGUCUUUCCGACAGAGAUUCAGGUGGUUUUGUUACUCAGAAGAGGCUGGACCCAGAAAAGUCUUGAAUCAGCUCUGGGCGCUCUGCACUCAGUGGCUGAGACCGGAUAUCCACACAAAAGAGCAAAUGUUAGAGCUUUUGGUGUUUGAGCAAUUCCUGGCCAUUUUGCCAGGGGAGAUGAGGAUUUGGGUGAAGACUCAGCAUCCUUACAAUAGUGAGGAGGUGGUGACCCUGAUAGAGGAUUUGACCCAAAUGCUUGCAGUCAAGGAAGAGCCAGUCUCUCAAGAAUCUCAAGAGGAGAACCCUGAAGGAGAACAAAUUGAUUCUGUCCUUUCAAGUACUGACUCCCAGGGACCCCUGACAUUGAAGGAUGUGGCUGUGAACUUUUCCAGAGGAGAGUGGAGGAAACUGGAGCCUUUUCAAAAAGAACUUUAUAAGGAAGUGUUGCUGGAGAGCUGUACGAACCUCGAGUCUGUGGGCUUUCCAGUUUCCAAGUUAGAUUUGAUUUCCCAGCUAAAGUGUAUUAAACUACCAUGGCUGCUGGACCAAGACACCUCAGAAAGCUCCAGACCAGAGUGUGAUCCAAGAGGUAAUUUGAAAGUGCUUUCUCCAAAUGAAGAUGCUCUUCUGGAAGAAUUGACUUUAGAUAACAUAAUUGAAAAAUGCCUAAGAGCUUUUGAUGAGAGCGACUCCCCAAAACAGGCCGACAGAUUAGAGGAAGAUUGUGGCAAUGAGGACUUUUCAGAAGUAGCAGUCACACAAAAGAAAACCCAAAAGAGUAGCCAUAGGGACAAGGAACUUGACUCAGAAAAAGCCCCCUCUGGAAAAAGUGCCAAACAAACUUCAGUGAUACUUAAACACAUAAGAGACCAUUUAAGGAAGAAAUCUCGUAGGUAUAAUGACAGCAAGAAACCGUUCAGCUUUCAUUCUGACCUUGUUUUGAACCACAAAGAAUACACUGGACAGAAGUCACUGAAAUCUCAGGAGGGCAAGAAAGUCUUGAGUCAGUUUUCAUCUCUUUCUGAACAUCAGAAGCCUCAGAAGAUUCCUCUUGGAGUGAAAAGGCAGAAGUGUAGUAAUUGUGGGAUCAUCUUCGCCCAACGACUGUCGCGUUCCCAGAAAAGACAUUGUUUUAGGUGUGAAAAAUGUCGCAAAUAUUUAGAUCAGGGUAAAGCCUUAAGUAAAAAUAAGAAGACUGCGACUGGAGAAAAAUCCCAUAAGUGUAGCAAGUGUGGAAAAGCCUUUACCUAUAAUACCUCAUCGGCUGGAAAGCAGAGCCAUCACCCUAGGGAAAAAACUGAUUUGUGUGAUGACUGUGGAAAAGCAUUUAAUGAUAGUUCAUCUCGCACUUCACGCUCCUCUCACGGUGGAAAAAAACUCCGCAAAUGUGACAACUGUGGAAAAUCUUUCUCCGUGAAAACCGACUUGUUGAAACAUCAGAGAAUUCAUACUGGAGAAAAACCCUAUCAGUGUAAGGAAUGUAAGAGGUCCUUCAAUGACCUGUCCUCUUUUAUCCAACAUCAGCGAAUUCAUACUGGAGAGAGGCCCUAUAAGUGUAAAGACUGUGGGAAGACCUUCACCCAUAGCUCAUCCCUUUGCAAACAUCAGAGGAUUCACACUGGAGAGAAGCCCUAUAAGUGUGAUGAAUGUGGAAAGACCUUUCGGCAGAAUUCUUGCCUUACCCGGCAUCGAAGAAUUCACACUGGAGAAAAACCGUAUGUGUGUGACUGUGGGAUGGCCUUUAGCCAUUUUUCAUCUGUAAUCUAUCAUCGGAGGCUUCACUCUGGAGAAAAGCCCUACAAAUGCGAACAGUGUGAGAAAGCCUUCGCGACCAUUUCCCUUCUCAGCCGCCACGAAAGAACUCAUUCUGGUGUCAGACCUUAUGAAUGUAAAGACUGUGGAAAAGUCUUCCGUCAGAGCUCCUCUCUCAAUGAGCAUCUUCGAACACAUACUGGAGAGAAACCCUAUGAGUGUGACUAUUGUGGGUCAACCUUUACUAGGAGUACAAUACUCAUCGAGCACCUAAAGACUCAUACCAAAACACAAUAUAAGUGCAGUAAAUGUAAGAAGGUAUUUAAAAGUAGUUCAGGCCUUAUCAGACAUCAAGGAUUUCAUGCUGCUGAGUAAUUUUGGAAUACAGGAAGAAGUGUGUGUGUGUUGGGGCCUUGGGUGAAAUCUGACAAUAUUCUGCUUUAGUCACCCUGUAAAUUCACAAGAUAUAAAUUAUCACAGUAUUGGUUAGUAGUUGCACACUUGAUGACUGGCAGUUAGAAAUAAUAUUGUUUUCCCCAUUCACCCCUCUUCUUUGCAAGGGUAUUAC